GAAAUAAGAGAGUAAGAGAAAAGGAUCUGCUCAUUUAAGGAUGGUGGACUGUGGCUUUCGGCUGUGGCGCUUGUUUCUGCUGUGUCUCACAGGACUCCUGCGCUGGGAUCAGUGUGACGGUCAGCGUGUGGUCCAGAUCCAGGAUGGCCCCCUGUACAGAGUGGAAGGAUUUCCCUUCUUCAUCUUCUGUAGUGUUAGUGGGUUUCAAGGCUCGAGUGAGCAGGACUUCGAAUUUGGUGUCAGAAAAAAAAAUGUUGAAUUCAACAUCAUCAGUACUAAAGAGCCAGACUUUGCCUUUGCGAGGUUCUCCAACAGGGUGAAGCAAAAAGAAAUUGAGAUCGAGAGGCUGACGGGGUCUUCGGCUCUCUUGAGGAUCAAAAAUGCGAUGAUGGACGAUGCGGGACAAAUCUUCUGUCACACCCCAAGUACAGAUCCCAGAUUGUUUGGAGUAUAUGAAGCAGAAACAACACUUAACGUGAUACCGGACACGCUGACGGCUUCGUUUUCUGGUUCUCCCUCUCAGAGUCUGUUUGAGAGUGAUCCACUUCAGCUUGAGUGCCAGGUCUACAGUGAGACUUUUCAACACACCCAUCUGUCGGUCACCUGGUACGUCCAUAGUGGAGGAGAUGAGGACCCCCGACCAGUCAUUACUCUGGACAGAGAUCUCACUAUAAAGCCAGGAGGAGGAUUUGAGGAUCGCUACCAUGCAGGUCUGAUCAGCAUGGAUAAAGUGGAGGACACAACAUACAGACUGAAGAUGCCUCAAGUGCAGCAGUCAGACCAGGGGAAGUUCUACUGCCAUGUAGUUCAGUGGAUUCAAGACCCAGACCGAACCUGGACAGAAAUUGCGCACAAAACCUCUACAGCAUGUGAUGUGGAGAUCAAACCAAUCGUGGCCACUGAUGUAGGAUCGUUCAGUGUUUAUAUGAAGGCCUCAAAAGAGUCUCUUCAAGAGGGAGAUGCACUAGACAUCCGCUGCAGUGUGAAAGCACAGAAUCUUCCUGGCUAUUUCUAUUCUGUGACGUGGAUGAAGAACGGGAAGAACGUGGCCCAGAUCGGACUUUCUGGGAUGCUCACCGUAUUUGAUAGUUAUAAAGACAGAGAGAAUUCAGCAGAGAUGAGAGCAGUGAAAACAAGUCUAACAGACUACCUGCUGACCAUCCAUUCAGCUCGAACUGAAGAUCAGGGCCAAUACCAGUGUGAAGUAUGGCAGGAGAGCAUGAAUGAAGACGGCACCUUCAAAAGAGUGCAAAAACAACUGUCCAACCCCGAGACUGUGAACAUCACGACUAAAGAGAGUGAUCUGGCUGUGGUCAUGAUGAUGAAGGAUGCAGUGACUGAAGGAGAUGCUCUACAGGUCACCUGCUCUGUGUCGGGGUUCAAGGGUUCUUUAUCAGUAUCAUGGCAACACAAGAAAGACUCUGUGGACUCCUUCAGUGACGUCACUAGUCUGACCCAUGAGGGAGUGAUGAAAGAUACUGGGAUGAGGUACCAGAGUCGCCAUGUUCAAACUCUCCAUUCUCCAGCUGGAAACUUCACCCUGGAGAUUGGUGAAGCUGGAUUAUCUGACAGUGGUGAAUACAGGUGCAUUGUGUCUGAGUGGAUCAUACAGAGCAAUGGCGAGAUGAAGAAAACCCACACCCAGUCUCAGCAAAAUAAAGUUGCAGUGCGUUCAGUUGAAUCUCUAAUGAAGGUCACCUUGAUAAGUCGCGAAAUAACUGCACCUAUAGAUUCUCCAGUCAAGUUACUGUGUAAAGUUGAAAGACCUGAGGUUUCAUUGGCUGUACGCUGGAUGUUUCAGGCUUUCAAUUCAACUGCACAGAAGGAUAUUUUAACAAUACACAACGCUGGAGAAAUCACCUGGUUAACAGAUCAGAGAAAUUAUCAGCUGUCAGUUCAAGAACAGUCUUCCAGCACAAUAUUCACUCUCAUCAUGCCGAGAGCCAGCAAGCGGCAAGAAGGACAGUACCAGUGCCAAGUUGAUGCCUAUCAAAGGGGUAGACAGAAAGCCAUGAAGAACUCCAACCUACUAGCAGUGACUAUACAAAAACCUGACAGCAAACUGAGACUGUCGACACUCAAGUCUCGCCAGGAAACCACAGCCAACACUGAUGCUAAGAUUGAAUGCUCCAUCCUGAAAAAAACCACAAACUCCUCUCGUUUCACAAUUACUUGGAUGAUUGGGUCUCAGAUGCUCUUAAAUAUGGACCUAGACGCUGUUGUCAAGUAUGGUCCAGCAGCUGUUCUACAGAUGGACCAGAGAAUCCGCAUGACAGUAAGACAGAAACACACUUUUCAGCUGACUGUGCAUCAGGCCAGAACCACUGACAGUGGCCAGUACCUCUGUGAGGUGGAAGAGUGGCUUCAGGAUCCUCUUGGGGACUGGUAUUCCCUGAAGAAUGUGUCUGCUUCCACAGAGCUUAUUGUCAAAGAGCAAGAAAGUAAUCUGCGUGUGCAGAAGGAGAACCAAACCCUCAACAUCACCAAUCUUCAGGCUGGGUUCACCGCUGAUUGCAUCAUUGCCUCUCAGUCCAGUGAUAAAUCUGCCUUUCAGGUCACAUGGUUUAAAGUUGAAGAAGAAGUAACCCAUGUUAUAUUCACUGCCAAGCAUGAUGGUACUCUACACAGUGCUCUGAAUGAUAAAUAUCUGGUGUUUGGACGACCAGACGCCACACACUAUAAACUGACCGUGCCACAGACCGACCCCACUGAUAAGGGGAAAUACUACUGUCAGGUAGAAGAGUGGCUUCACACUGAUAACACCUGGAAGAGACUGGCUUCAGACCGCUCUGGAGUGCUCUCUGUCCACGUUCACACUGAAGGUGAUUCUGGAAAGCAGAUAAACCCGUUAGUCAUAUUGCUGGGAGUCACUAUUCCUCUGAUCUGUUUUCUUGUAUUGAUCAUAAUAAUAUUGUUGAGAAGAGAACCCAAGAGGAGUUCUGAACAGAGGAAACAGAAGGACACCCUGUGGGCUGAAAACAACCCUCUUUACCCCCUAUAGAGGCGGAAUUCUGCCCCCAAACCCUAAUCACACAGGGUCAGUGCUGUCUGUGGACCUUGUGUGAUUUAGAAUCUGAAUUUCUGCAUUCGCACUGGAGAAGCAAAGCCUGUGAGUUAUAUCUGGGUUAGGAUACCAAGGCUCUCCAUGGUCUGGGUAGACGGAUAAACAAAGAAAAAUACAUACUGAAUCAGAACAGCAGAGCUUUCAUUACCAGACGCUUCUUAUUCUGUGAAGUGUACAGUUGUAUUGUGGAGAGCAGAAUGACCCUGCUGCUGCUGCAACACUAUCAGAACACUCCAGCACAUAUGUCAAUCCAGAGAACUCUCAGGAAGAUGUGUUUAUGCACACGCUAUGCAGAAUUUACUUUAUUUAUGAAUGUUUGAUGAUUGAGGCCUAAUGGAGGAUUUCAGGGGGUUCAGAGAGAAGUGUCGAUGCUCAUUUGUGAGCCUGGAUGACAAAUCUGUUUCACUGCUGUGUUUUGGGCUGUAGCCAAACCUGCAUUGCAUGGGUCAAAAUGAUUAUUUUAUAUGACAAAAUGUAUUUUUUAUGAAGACAUUUAGUAAAUCUUCUACUGUAAAUAUAUUACUGAUAAGCAUACGCUGCAAAGAAUGCAUUUCUGCCUCGUUUCUAGCCCAAAUAUAUUUAAAACACAAAGAAAUCAGGAAGCAUUUUCUAGACAAGGGGAAGUUUUGUCUUGUUUUCAGAAAUAAUGAGUAAAAAUAAGCAUGUUUUUAAAAUCUGCCAAUGGUGUAAGCAAAAUAAGGUUAUUUUGAAACAAAAUCUAGAUUAUUUAGCUUAGCUUUAAGGAAAAACAGAACAAUUUCUGAAAUCAAGACAAUGUUUUCUGCUGGUCUAUAAAACUCUUUUUGACUUUUGACUGGAAACACGACAACUCUUGUGCUUAAAGGCAUGUAGACAUGCUUUUGUCAAUGCAUGCUUGUUUUUUUGCAGUGUAAGAGCUGUAAAACUGUUUUCUUUAUUGUGGAAACUGUUCAGGUUCAUUGUAAAAAGUAUCCUUAAGUUAGCGGUUUUCCAUAUUUCAUUAUUCUUGCUUGUUUAUUUCUGCUUUUGAAUUGCCAUAUGCAAUCUUGAUCUUUCUUCCAACAACUUUUAAGCCUAUAAAAGCUUUAAAAAGUGACUUUUAUUAACAUUUCUAAUAGUUUAAAGUAUAUUUUUACAGUGUAUAUCAGGAUUUUUUAAAUCCUAAAAUUCCAGAUUUUUAAACUGCUGCAUCUCUGCCAUUAACAGGAAGCUUAUUUAUUCAGAUGAUAUGUAUAUAAAACUCAAAAUAUACAAUUUACACAAUUUGUCAUUUUAACCUGUUUUGAAAUGCUAUGAAAUACUAUUUCUAUGGGAUGGAAACUCAAAAUGUUCUCGAUAUUUAUACGUGAUUAAUCUGCAAAUGUUAACAUUUUUGAGUUCAAAAUGAACGAGAGCUUUCCACUCCCCCUCAUGUGUCAUUGCGCUCUAUAAUGAAGGACUUUCUUGUUGUUGCUGGUUUAAUUUUUUUGUAUAGUCUUUGCUAACUUUAACGUCACUGUAUAUUUUCAGAACUGUGUGUAGAUAUUUAGACGUGCUGAAUGUGUAUAUAUUUAUGCUGGUUUUCUAGAUUAUUAAAUGUGAUCACUUGUG